AUGCAGGAUCCAGGCAGUCUUGGCAAUCAACAAACUGGCGGUAAACUAUGCCUGUAGCCGACACAGAUGUCAGUACGCACGGUCUAUCGCCGACAAGUACCACAUUGUCAGGAGAUUGGGUCGACAAAAGAUACCCGUUGUGUAAUAUGGCCUUAGAGCUGCGGGGCAACUGCAAAGACCGUGGCACUCCCUCAUCGUCGUCCAACAGCGUGGGACCUGUGGACAACUCAGGCAGGCGCCUUUCACUAAUGCGCCUGUACACCUGCGCGGCUGCGUUGGUCGGUCCUUUAAUGUAACUGCGGACGUUUUGCAGAAACGACUCAAAGCGAAAAGCCGAGAAGUUGCCUAACACUCCGAACCGCGAUACAUGUUCGUGAAGGUGGACCAGACAAUGCACGUUGUAAACCAGGUCAGCUGGAUUGUACAGCACCGAUCGGUGCAGUACUUUCGGAGAUUACAUAUAACACAGAAAAAAACCCUUCCAUUUUUAUAUAUUUACAUUUUUCGAAAUUCUACCGUACAUGUGGGCGCUCACGCAAGCCUUUACUGUCUGCGGUGGCUUAUUUUAGUAACCGGCUCUGUUAUAGCAUACUUUUGAUAGUGUCCCCUGGGUCACUAAGGACAAAAGUGUUAUUAUUGGUAAUUUGAUUACUAUUUAAGAAGUUAUUUCUUUUUAUACGAUCUAAAGAGAAACUUUCUGAGCAGAACCUAUUUUCUGCGGUUUACAAACUUAUGCCCAGAAGAGGCUGCAGGCACCAGCCAGUUGUUUAAAAAAUUAGACUUUAACCCAUUUCGAGUGGUUUGUCACACUGGCUGCACAGGUAUUAGGAAAAACCCAGACACACUUGUAGCCGACAUUGUGCAGCUGCAUGACACAGUUUCGUGUCUUUAGGUUAAUUUAUCGGCUUUCCAAUCGAUCCACACGGGAUUGUCUUUGGUAUAAGCAUUAUUUGCCCGCAAGGGGCCUGUGGAAGUUUAUUAAGUAUUGCUUAGACUGCAGGAUGCAUAAUGUCCACGUUUCAUUUCGUUCCCUCACUUACGCCACCUAUUCUGGGGCCACAAACGCCUACGUAAUUGCUCCUCACUUGAAUGUUUAAACUCCGUUCCACACUUGUGCUCAUCCAGGGGUUUGUAAUACUUCUUUUGUACUUAUAACGAACUGUCAACCCAUAGCACGAAAUAAAGGAGAGUAGUGACGAUGAUAUCAACGCUGGUUUUAGUAGAUCGGCUUGGAGGCGCUACUUUCAGGUUAAAGGAGGCACGUUGUGUUGGGUCUGUGAGUGCGCUCCAUAUUUGUUUCUGAAACAUGACUGAUACGCACAGGUACACUAUUUUAAAUAUGUCACUCUUCUAGAGCUGUUUCUGAAGGUAACUAUUAAGGCCUUAAAUUAGUAUUUGAAUGCAGAUGGUGAUGAUGAAUACGAUGGUUCUGUCGGCGAGGGAGUGAUUGCUCCAGAAAAGCUCCAGGCCAUUACGGAGUUUUUCAAGUACUUCAUCCUUUCAAAUAACCAAUUUUGAAGGCAACCUGCCGAAGUUAAGCGUCGUGUUAAGGCCCUAAAGAAGCUCCUUCACAAAGCCAUUGGAAUUGAGACGGAGUACUAUCAAGAAAUUUUUGAAAUCGAAAAGAAGUACGAAGCUCGCUAUGCGGAUCUGUGGGAUAUGGUAUUAUCUUCUUUUUACAACAACUGCUGGUUAGGGUUUUCGAGCCUUAUUGUAAAUGUUGCUUGCUCUCAGCCUUUUAUGUUACAUCGUAACUAGACCUCGACUGCAAACAGGAUUAGUCAAUGUCGGCUGUAGAUAAAGUUUUACUUGGCAGCGGCAUUCGACGAAAUCUUUCAGACACCUCCCUGCACUACUUUUUCAAUGUCUAAUCGACAGAUUGAACUUAGUACUAUAUAGUUUCAUCACUCACGUGCCGCUGCCGAGGCCGUACGAAAACACAGGGCGAACGAACGCAGGAAAUCGGAUCAUGUUAAGGCUGGACCAUGAGUUCUUUGCUGGUUUUUCGGCCGUGAGUGAACGCCAGAACAAUGGCAUUCAGGCAAUUUAGUUUUUAAAUCAAUUAAAGCGAGCGCACCCCCAGGCCAGAUACGUCCACUACCUUUUGUUUAUUAGGAAUUCCCAAUCUUCCUGGUCGUCGAGUCAUUCCAUCCGAUUAUUUCGCGAGGAACAACUCUAAAACGGAUCCUCUUCAGUUAUUUUCCCGGCGAUGUCAUCCCGGGGACGGCAAUGCUGUUUUCGCUGCUAAAAUAAUUAUGUCAACCCCUAGCUGCGCUAAUUGACUUGUCGGACUGCGCUAGAACGAGACUAUGUAGGCAGUACCGGCUGUAUAGAGGAUGUGAAGGAACUAUGCAAUAUAGAAAGUGUUGGGAUGUUAAAUUUAAAGGCUAGUGUACAUUCCACGAUCCCUACCGCUCCAGGUUAUGUGCUCUAAUGAGUCCAGCUCCAACGGGUUGCAACGCAACCGACCUCUGACGAAUAUCUUUUUCACGCGCCUCGAAGACCAUCUUUACGCCACGCUUAACUCCACAUGCCAACUUUCCUGUCAGACGGCAUUCUUGGACGGCGUGGUUCUGAAAUUAUAGCGAAGAAUGAUGGUGCGAUCCGGAAUACCCGUAGAUUUGCGAAGGGUCACGUCAUAUUCGGCACAAAAAGUCCUGACAAGCGAGACGUGGCAGCACCGUUGCAUUUCCGUGCAGGAGUACGGUGUGACUAAACAAUCGAGCGACUGGAUGAGGGACGUUGUCUCUUGUAGACUUCUCAACGUCUAUAGUCUUCAGCUGACACCAUACACUUUGUAGGCUUUGGGAAUGCCAGGCAAUUUGGAUUAAAAUAACGAACCGUAAUAUUUGUAGACCUUUGACGCCACCGAUGCCGCCGAUGCUGCAAUUUGUCCUACCCCAACUGCUGCUCGCCUACGUGCUUCGACGACUUAGUCCAAACUUCUUAUCGAGAUCUGAGAUCAUUACUACCUCGAAGUUCAUUGACGCAUAACUCGCAAAUCGUCCCGUACUGCACCGGGCCCUGAAAAAUUCACAAAUUGUCGAACGUUACUUCCGUCCAUUGUCCUGUCAAAGUUCUCACAUCUCACUGACUUUUGUUUAUUGUCAUGGGUGAACAGUGGCUGUUAUCAGUAAGAUCUGAUUCUGUCGUUUGUGAAUGUUGUUUGCAAGAGAAAGCGAGCAUAACCACAGGACAUCACUUCAAUAUGUUCUGUCCUGAUAUUAGUUAACGACAUCGUUACGCGCGGAAUCUAAGUUGGGAGUUUUCUAAAGGCAUGCUUAUGACUUGACGCUAAACCCUCAGUAUGACCCGAAACUUGAUCCCAGACUGUUGCCCGUUCAGUUUCUGGCUGCUCCAGACCAUAUAUUUCCCACACGAUUUCCCCGCACUUAGCGUUAACUUUUGAAGAGAAGUUUGGACCACCCAUUAUCGCACUGACACUGUGGUAGACUGGGUCUCUUGUAUGUACUGUGCGAAAAUUGAAACGGUUGGUUUUAGGUAAUUGUCGCUCGCUUCGUUUUCCCAUUUUCCAUCAGCAACUUAUAGUAACCCCUUUAACUGUUCUUUACCUAAUAGCUUACUUGGUGCUAUAAAAGUAUUUGAUGUAGGUUUGGACGAUUUAGAUUUUUGCCUCUAUUGCUUUGUGAAUUCGGCUGUUUGUCUGUUUAUCUCCCCUCAGGGGCUCGGGUGAAGCGCCUCUUAGGCUUUAUGUACUGAGUUUACCAAAUAUUCAACUGACUCGUUGAAUUUUUACAUCUCCCCUUUUAGCGAAAAAAGAUAAUUUCGGCCGCUGUCGAACCCACUGAUGAGGACUGUGAGUGGCCAUUUGAUGACGAUCUCCAGGAACUUCAGCUUGCGGCCUCACUGUCAAGCCAGGCCCAAAUUAACAAAAAUGAAAAGGAGGAUGGGGGUAGGUCAUUUUGACGUCAAUACUAGCAAUAGCUAAAAUUUGGCUGCGCGUAAGUAUCUGCGAGUAUAGCUGAAUCGUUUCAGACGGAAUAUUAAGUGUACGUUUUAAUUGCGUUAUUGCCAAAGCCAAUUGUUGCUGUGUAUGCGCCAAUGUUUAGUACAAAAGAUCUGUACGAAAUAGCCUUAAAUGACGUCAUACGGGCUGUACUUGUGUUCCCAAAUGGGUGGCCUAUUUAAUGAUAUAGCGAAGUACGUCUGUGAGUUAAUUCCCUCACCACUUCGCAGUGAGAAUCUCCUGCGCCAAUACUUUGAGAAUUGUGGAUACCGCGACCAAUAUCCUGCUAGUCAAAAAUACUUGGUUCCGACGCCUUAGGUGACACCCGACUUGAACCAUGAUCACUUAAAACCGGACCAGCAUGGAUGGCGCUGGUCACGCUCGCUGUUGUUUGUUAUGGUUUUACUUGCCAGGAAAUAUAACACCACCCCAGUGAAUUUGUUACUGCCACACACUGGCGUUUGCUUGUCGCCCGACACAGACACAAAUAUCAUUAACUCCCGAGAUGUCUUCACAUCACAGUCCGUGCUCGACUCCUAACAAUGCCAGGAUUGCUUGGUUUCGGGACGACUUGAAUGGCAUGCUGGAGCAAACUAUGCGCCACGGACGUUGUUAAUUUUGAAGUUAAAAUGCCUGAUUCUCCGACGGUCUUUCAGUUAUUUGAGAUAUUAGGCGAUCACACCAGCUUUUGAGGUCAGGCCAGUCCAACAUUCUCCUUGCGUCAAAGACCAGCUAUUUAGGGUUCAGUUAUAGCGUCUGCUAGAUAAAUGCUCACUUAAUAAGCCAUGUAGGCCAGAACUUGUUGGCCGCUGCUGUCCAGUCAGGAAACGCCCUGAGGUCCGCGUAUAUCUGGCCCUUGUCACAUCGUGCGAGCGACGAAAAUCCAAUGUGGCCUUCUGCAGGCCUGUGUGGAUGGUCACCUUUCUACGCCAAACCGUCCAUUUGUAUCCCUGCCACCGGUAAACCACUCGUUUGUCGACGAAUUUUGACGUUCUUGUCAAUCCACCUGGAUUCGUUAGGAUAGUUGGGGCGACCUAAUGACGUCAUAAAACAGUCACAAUGAGUUAAGUCUUCUAAUACAAAACAGGAACCAAAAUCCCCGUGAAUAUUGAGAAAAGUAGCAUCUUUGACGUCAUUUUCGAUGCGUACCAGGGCUGUGUUCCCUUCUACACUUACUGAUUACAUUACAGAACUGGUUCGUCGACACCCACUGUCACACCACCCCGGAUUUUCUAGCCUUGUUUACGCCAAUAACGUGUAGGUGUGCAGCAGACUGUCCCAGACGAGUCUGAAGGCAGCCAAAGUAAGGCUUGGAUUUCCCAUAGGAAGACAACCGCCUCGUGUUUCCUGGUGAGAUAUCCCCCCGAGGCGAUAUACGGCGAAGCUCUUGCGUUAGUCGACAACUCUUGAAUCGGACUCUUUCAGAUUUCAAUAAAGGAGUGGAAAUCGAAUCUCAUAUUACUCAGGUGUUGUCAAUAUUAGCUCAGAAGCCAUGAGACCUGCCCGAGGUCUAUCCACAAGUAAACGGCGAGUGUAUGUGAAUCCUGUCUGGAGUUGCUAUAUAGGCUUAACAUCUGGUAUGUGUGCUUUGAGUAUAUGCGCUUAUUGCGCCCCCACACUUUCCUGUGAACUUUUAUCCUACAAUCUUCAAAAUGGACAGACAUGCAGUCAGUCGGGAGGGCAGACGGUCAACGGCGUCCUCCACAGUCGCCGAAUCAGAUGGUUCAGUCACAUCCUACGCCGACCUUAGAAGGAAGGUUUUCGGUUUGCAUCUGUUUGAGUGCUGACUCUGGCGAGAACAUCUUGGGCCGUUUGGCCUACGGUUUGUGUUAUUUGCCGACCGACUGGGUAAACUUCCUGUUGGUUCUAACGUGCAACAUAGAGCCGGCUAAAUCAAGAAUUGGGAAAGCCAUCAGAGAUGCGAAAGACGUUGUUCAGUCUUUGUCUUUUCUGUACAUUUGUGAGGGGAUGUUGAUUGUCAGGCGUCCUUUCCCAAGGUCAUUUUCGGUGGUAGGAAAACUCAGAUCUGGACUACAGGCGAGACAGUCUCCAACAACAAAACUAUAAUCCGGGAUGUCUUUUACAAACCCAUAUAAGGUUUUUGCGACGUUCAUUUUUGACAGAUACUUCGAAGGAAAGUGCUAUGACGACCGAAGUGAAAGGAAUCCCAAAGUUCUGGCUAAAGGUCCUUCUCCACAACAGCCUAACCUCGGAGAUGAUUACUGACAAUGACCAGCCCAUUCUUAGCCACUUGGAGGAUGUACGCUGCAAGUUGAUCACGGACGACGAAUCGGUAAUGCGAAUUCUUUAAACGCCAAUUCUUUGCCAGGGUUUCGUACUGGAAUUUCACUUCUCCCCAAACGAAUACUUCUCCAACGAAUGUCUGACAAAGCAAUACUUCUUUAACCAAAAACCCCCUGCGGACAAUCCUUUGGACUACGAUGGUCCGGAGAUUUCACGUUGUAAUGGGUAAAUAUCAUUCACACAGUCAUUUUACCAUGAUAUUUGAAAUAGUUGCACCAUCAACUGGAAACCCGGAAAGAAUGUCACCAUAAAGGUGAUGAAGAAGGUAAAAAAGCACAAGAACCGCAAGGAUGUUAGGACAGUUACCAAAACUGUGAAGAGGGACUCCUUCUUUAACUUCUUCGAUCCGCCUAAAGAGUCUUUAACAGAACCGGACUUGGUAAAAUUCCACAUUUCAUUGUUGUAACCGUCACUUCUAUAGGAUGAGGAAGUUGUGGACUUGCUGCAUGAAGAUUUCAAAAUUGGUCACCAUCUGCGGGAAUAUGUGAUCCCUCGCGCCGUUCUCUUCUUCACCGGAGAGGCUUUGGAAACAGACGUAAUGUUUUGUAUACUUCAAUUAUUCGUUUUAGCUCGAAGAUGACGAUGACGAGGAUGAGGACAAUGACGAUUUCGACAAUGACGAGGUUGAUUCGGACGAUGGCGAGGUAUGGUAGUCAAAAACGUGAAGUUUAUUGCGUCGUGUUUUCUCUAAUAUUGUGCCCCUUUUCUGCUAAAACCGUAAUUUUGUCAGCUCAGACCUGUAUCCGUACAGUUCGCCUUAGAUCACCUUGUCUGAAAUUUACAAGCUCUGUGUUAGUAAUGUUCAACAUGUUUUCUUUCCUUGGCAAUCACCUCAUCGUGCGGAAUAAGUACAGCUGCUUAGUGAAGGUUUACGUGGCUUACUGGAUAUCGGGCUACCGUCCAAGAUUCACAUUUGGCGUACGACUGGUUUUGUUUUUCCAUAAGCCUAAGAAGGCACCUGUCGAAGCCACGCAACGCUUAUGUGCUCUCAACACAAGAGUUUGGCGUGUGUGUAUUUUACAUUUACGCUCAUAUGUGACCUGCGCGGUGGCCUUGAGAGUUGUGCUAGUCGGACCUUGUGUUACAAAUGUCCACGAAACGACUCCAAGGACCGCCAAUAUUCACUUCAUCUAAUCAUAAAUUCAAGAGAAAGGGAAGUUAACGCUGUCGUGCAAACUAGUUAUUUGCAGGCGAACUUGCUCUUAAUAUAUAGCUUAAGGUAAUCAACUCGGUGUUUAACUCUGCAGAACUAUAGUCCUAUGGAUGUCCAGAAUUGCUAGUCUUGGGACACGAACGCCAACUUACAGUUCACUCAGAAUCUUAACCCCUGAACCGGUUUUUCUUCUAUUGUAGGACGACAAUCCGAAACUGAAGGUAACUUACAAACGAUGAAUUCGUCUGCUACGCUCCGUGGCUCCACGUUGCCCAGACUGUCUCGUCCUAUUUUUCUUGGUGUUAGAUCUAAUAGACGCAAAACAGUGAAACCCCUUCACCCCUCAUUCACAGUGAUUAUGACUCUCCUCUGCUGCCUUCGAUUCUAGUUGGUUUGUUCAAGGAAGUAGUCUCGGUAUCCAUGUCUUUGCACACAGACCGAGAAAUAAAUUCUGUCCUUAAGUCAAUUUAAACCUGCCAGUAGGCUCCUGCCGACACCGACUAGCUAGGUCAAAAGCUAAUAAAUCUGUUAUCUGGACACACUGGGAUCCUUUGUCUUCUACGCCUCUUGUAGACAAGCCCGACCAAAGCUAUAAAGUUACGCUAUCAUAAGAGUCGGUUCCUUCAUUAGAAGGUCGCUGCGAACUGCCCAUUUACUACUAGUUUACCUUAGGCACUGCGGCACCCUGCCUCCUCUUGGUGAUCAGCAAAUUAUGUGCUGUUUCCCUAAUCCUCCAGCCUUCCUGGAGGCCUAAGCUCUGCCAUUCCCCCCUCGCCCUCCCCCACCGUUUGCAGUAACCCUGGGCGUGUACUAAGCAAGCUAACUUCAUGUUUUACCUAUUCAGCAACAACACCCUAGGACGAAGAAGGGAGGUAGCAAUGAAAAGCCUCCGGAAUGUCAGCAGAGUUGA